GCAUGUCUGCAUCUUUAAUGUUUGGCAAUUUUUAAUUCUCUUUCCUCUCCUCUUCCGCCGCCGCAAAAGGAAGCGCAGGCUAUCAUUCCUUUAUAUCCGUCUUGCUCCUGUGCUGCUGCUUUUGCCGUCUCGUCUCCUACUUCUUGGAUAUCCAGUCCGCUCUACUCCGAGAUCACAACGACGUAAACAAAACCUAUCGAAAUCCUGUUCAAUCGCAGUCGACGACUCUGAAUCCGCUGCAAUGAGCUUCCUUGCGACUUGCGUGGGCUACCUCACGCCAAUCUUCAUCAUACUCUCGCCCAUCCUCUCCUAUGGCGACCAGGCGGUCUCGAUGCACCGCAAGAAGACGAGCGCGGGCUUCUCUCUCGACAUACCCUUGAUCAUGCUCAUCGCAUCUCUCUUCAGGAUCUUCUACUGGCCCGGCGCACGAUUCGAUCCGAGCUUGUUGUUACAAUCCCUCAUCAUGGUGGGGAUGCAAAUCGCCCUUCUCAAGAUUGCUCUCGAUCACCGACCGUCUCCGUCGAACAAGGGGGGAGAGGCCGGACUGCCGUUUGCCGCUCCAGAAGGUCUCUUCGCCCAAAGGCCGUACAACUUCUGGCAGUGGAGGUCUCCCAAGCCGUACUGGCAAUUCAUCCUCUACCUCUUCCUGGGCCUGCUCGCUGGCGAGAUUGUCAUGUCCAGCAUAACGCCUGGCUUCUAUCCCACAUAUUCCGUGCUGGUCGGAUACAUUGGCCUAGGCGUCGAAGCCACGCUCCCGAUCCCGCAGAUUCUCGCCAAUCUGCAGUCCCGGUCCUGCAAGGGCUUCCGGGUGUCCGUCCUCGCAAGCUGGCUUGGAGGCGACGCCAUGAAGCUGUUUUGGUUCUUCACGGCCACGAGCGAGAUCCCGCUGGCAUUCAAGAUCUGCGGCAUCUUCCAGGCUGUGUGCGACUGCUUCCUCGGGAUUCAGUACCUGAUGUUUGGCUCGGGCGAAAACACCGUCAAGGAACAUCCGCUGCAAGACGUUUCAGCCCACGAAACCGGAGCGCAGCCGCAGAGCCGGAGCAUGACGCCUACGCGCCGGUCAGCUCCGUUUAGCGACUACGAGAGGAAAUAA